GGAAUUUAAAAAGAAUAAGAUACAUAUAUUGGUGUCACGUUGAGCUGAAAAGUAUUCGUAAUGACUGUAAAAAGUAACCAGACAGAAACAAAAAUAACCGAUGACGAUGAGGAGAAAUAUUGGCCGCAAGUUGUAAUUAUUUUAAUCAGUGCACUGAGCGGCGUAACUGAUGGAUUCUUCUUCUCUUGGACAUCCCCUUUCCUAGAAGAAAUCAUGUCCAACUACGAUUUAUACCACGUCACUGAACAACAAGCAUCCUGGCUCAACACCAUUUACCCCUUAGGCAUGAUAAUCGCCUGUCCGAUGUUCUCGAUCCUCUCCGACCGAAUAGGAAGGAAAAGGACGUACAUAUUGGCCGUGAUUCCCCAAAUAUCCAGCUGGAUCCUCACGAUAUUCGCCAGCAACGCUUACUACUUCUACGCCAGCCGACUCCUGGCAGGUUUCUCCGCGUCCUGCUACUUUUCAGUGCUCCCGAAUUACAUCGGGGAAAUCACGAAUCCCAAGGUGAGAGGAACCUGGGGAAACGCCUUGGCCAGCUCGUACUACAUCGGCGAAUUCAUCAUCCACAUCAUCGGAUUGUACUUCAACGUGCAACGGUCAGCUUACGUUUGCUUAGCGUUACCGAUCGUAUUCGCGAUGUUGUUCAGCUUCGCUCCCGAAUCCCCGUAUUUUCUGAUAAUGAAAGGCAGAGAGGACGAAGCGAAGGAGUCCCUGAAGCGUCUCACGCGCAAACGAAACGUAGACGAAAUGUACAAAACCAUCGAGAAGGGGGUGCAAAGGCAGAUCGCCGAGUCCGGGACGUGGUUGGAUCUUUUUACGAUAAAUAGCAACAGAAAGGCGAUCAUCGCAGGAGCUUUUCUUAGAUUGUCUCAGUAUACGUCCGGUUUGGCUAUGUUUUUGCAGUACAUUCAGGUGAUAUUAGCGAAAUCUGGCACUAACGUUGGCCCAGUCACAGGAAUCAUCUUCAUGGGGAUAAACAUCGCGUUCAAUUUACUGGUAAAUUGCUUCAUAGUCGAUAGAUUUAGAAGGAGAACUUUGUAUACAACUUCUCUAUCCGGUUGUGCUGUAGUAUUAUACAUUCUAGGAACAUUCUUCUACUUAAACGAAUACGGAAACGAGGAUUUUUCGGAUUUAAAUUGGCUACCCAUCACUCUGAUGAUCAUCUUCCUCGCAUUCGCAGCUUCGGGUGUGUGCGUUCUCCCCACUUUAAUGAUGAGCGAAUUGUACUCGGCCAAAAUCAAAGCGAAGGCCAUGAUUGUUCUCGUGAUGACUUUCAGCUUGUCGUUGAUGUUCACGAACACCCUGUAUAACUAUUCGGAAAUGUAUUUCGGAUUCCACGCGCCGUUCUUCGUCUUCGCGGUGGGCAACACGCUGGCUUUGAUAGCGUCGUUUUAUGUGAUUCCGGAGACGAAAGGGAAAACGCUGGAGGAAAUCCAGUUGAUGUUGAAGGGGGAGAGCUCCAAGCCGAAAGUGUGAUGAAUGAUGAAGGAAGAUUUUUUGUUUUAGAGUAAAUUGGUAUUUGUUGCAGUGUCCUCUAGCAUGUAUUGAUUGUAUUUUUGUACUAUUUUCAGUACUUUUUUAAUAUAC